AUGUCUACUUCUUUAGAUCAACUCAAAGCCACUGGCACUACUGUUGUCUCUGACUCUGGUGACUUUGCCUCCAUUGCCAAAUAUAAGCCACAAGAUGCUACCACCAACCCAUCUUUGAUUCUCGCUGCCUCCAAAAAGGCUGAAUAUGCCAAACUCAUCGAUACCGCAGUCGCAUACGGAAAGAAUGAGGAGGGUGACCUCGAAAAGAAGACUGAUGCCACUCUUGAUCGUCUUCUCGUCGAGUUCGGUAAAGAGAUUUUGAAGGUCGUUCCAGGAAAGGUUUCAACUGAGGUUGAUGCUCGUUUCUCUUUCGAUACUAAGGCUACCAUUACCAAGGCUCUCCGCAUUAUCGAACUUUACAAAGACCAAGGAAUUGACAAGUCCCGCAUUUUGAUUAAGAUCGCCUCGACCUGGGAAGGUAUCCAAGCCGCCCGUAUCCUCCAACGCGAUCACGGAAUCAACUGCAACCUUACUCUCCUCUUUUCCAAAUCUCAAGCCGUUGCUUGUGCCGAAGCUGGUGCUUUCCUCAUCUCUCCUUUCGUCGGCCGUAUUCUCGAUUGGUACAAGGCUUCGACCGGAAAGACCUACUCCGCUCAAGAGGAUCCAGGAGUUGAAUCCGUCAAGGCUAUCUUCGAUUACUACAAGAAAUUUGGAUACAAGACCAUUGUUAUGGGAGCUUCAUUCCGUAGCGUUGGUGAAAUCACCGAACUUGCCGGAUGUGAUUACCUCACCAUCUCACCAAACUUGUUGGAGGACUUGAUGAACUCCACCUACGCCGUUCCUCAAAAGUUGGUCGCCGAGACCGCCAGCAGUUUGGAUAUUGAGAGAUUAACCUACAUUGAUGACGAAGCCGAGUUCCGAUUCGCAUUCAAUGAGGAUGCUAUGGCGGUUGAGAAGUUGAGAGAAGGUAUUAGCAAGUUUGCUGCUGACGCAGUUACCUUGAAGGAUAUCUUGAAGGCUAAGUUGCAAUAA